GAUGAACCAUUCUUGUGAGGCCAAUACCUUUUAUCGAUCCAUUGGCGCCGACCGUGCCGUACACACCGCGACGAAGAAGAUUCUAAAAGGGGAUCAUAUAACUACCGAUUAUCUCGGAAAAGAUACAAUUAUGCCCACGGAAGAGCGAAAGAAACUGUUGCAACGCAAGAAAUUGCUUCUGUGUGAUUGCCCCAGGUGUACAGAGAGCAUGGACAUUUCGCGUGGAUUGCCGUGCCCGAACUGUUCGAUGAUAGAUUGUUGUGUCAAUGGAAAUAUAAUUGGUGGUUACAUUUAUUGGAAUCCACAAUCAGGUCAUUGGUUAUGUGAUACAUGUCGGUCGAGGUUUGAUGACCAAAGUCCACGAUUACACGGACUGUUGGUCCGAGAACGCGAUUUGGAACAAGCGGUAAUUGCACUCACCGAAAAACUCACCAGCAUCCCAUUGGUAAAUCGUUUUCAACUACUCGAGCUCUAUAAUGCGUGUAGAGGUCAGCUGGGUACCCGUCAUUGGACAUACAUUUUGGUGCUCAAGAUGUUAAUCCUAUUUGAUGCCACACAACUAUCCAGCGGAAAGAGUCAUGCCAAAUCCACAAUGAUUGAUAACUUGGACUAUGUACUCGAUUGGUAUGAAAGAUGCGAGUUUGACUCCCCAAGGCAUUUAUGCUUGUUCAUACUGAGCGUAGUCAACUCGUUGCUACGCGUUGAAGAUUAUCGUAAUGCGUUGCAUUUCUUGGAGAGAGUUUUCCAACAAUUCCCAUACGCACGAGUCUUUAGACAUGAGUACAAGGAGGUGGUAAAGGUAAUGGAAAAGUGCCGAUCAGUAUUGAGUGGCGAGGGAGUGACAACAUGCACGGGCGAAGGAAAACAGACAUUAGGUCAGGAUAAUCGUCUGACUAUCCAAACUGGAUUAUAA